AUGACCACUCCAGCCAAGCCGACGAAGAACUUCCGCUUUGUAACCGGGAACGACCCGGACUUUUUCAAAGAUAAAAAGAUCGUCAGCGCGAACCGGUCGUUCGUGAUGUUCCAGCAGGCGAAGAAGCCGUGCGAUGGGAUCGACCCCCUGAAACCUCAACCGCAGAGGGUCGAGAAGGCAUCUAAACGGUGCGAUGCCAGUAGGCCGCAGCCACGCACUGCUUCUAUCCCUGCGGGCGCCGUCACUGAAACCCCUUGCCCCCCUGGCAUGUCCAGUGAUGAUGCUCUUGGGCUUUUCCGGGGUGAUCGAAGGGCUCGGAAACGGCUGGUGGAUCGGCCACAGCCAAAUCAACGAGUAUUAAAUCAGAUAUUGUCGUUGAAGGCGGAGGACCUCCCGUUCGCUACGCCGAACGCUACCGACAUGUGCUCGUUCUACGCAUUAUUGCAGACUGAAGCAGCACAAGGAGUCCUUGCAUCGCGAGGAAAACUGACGGAUGGCCAGCUAUUGUUCGAAGCAGCCUAUGAGGGGUUUAUGUCGACGUUCCCUCUACGAGUCGUUGGUUCCCCCCAUGACACUUUUGAGGUACUUCCGAAAUUCAAGGGAGAUUUCAAGAGCUCGAUGGAAGAGUUAAAGUGUCACUGCAGCGCGACUUUUUCCUGCCCAAACCUGGGCCGAACCUGGAUCCCGAAAGCAACCUCCAGUAAACUCUCUUUCCUGAGUACCCUUUGCAUUUCUGCGGCGCAUCUUGAUGCGAUGAGAGGAGAGAGAAGCAUAUGGGCUCCACUCAUGGGUCAGAUGAUUCCCCUGCUCAGGAUAAUGACUGCAGACCGGACCCUAAACACGAGCGAUCAAGCCAUCAUCUCCGUACUCCAAGUCCUACUAGGGACGAUGAUUGCUUGCCAGGAGGUGUCCAGCAAUAUCCACUGGCAAGGACUGGCGCAAUUGGUGACGCUUAGGGGAGGGCUGCUUCAGCUAGACCCUGUCAUCGCGAUGAUGAUUUCCAUACACUCUGUCGAGAGCUCCAUCCUCUCCGAAUCUCCGAUUGUCCCUGAAUAUCUGGAGUUCUUACGCCAACGCCGAGAAAGAUCCCAGCCUGGCCAACCCAUCCGGUAUUCACCCCUUUACAGCAACCAAGUCGAACUCAUGGAACUCCGCCAUGAUCCUUAUUGCUCUCAUAAUACGUACGAGCUGCUGUGCGAUAUAUACAGCCUCACCAACCUCAUUUCCAUCAUGCGGAGCCCGAUUGCCGAGCUCAAGAACUUCCAAUCUCUGGACGACAUGGAAGCGGAGCGCCAGUCCAUCUGUGCCCGAAUCGCUUGCCUCCCCUCCGCAUUUUCCGGCGAUUCGAAAGAUCUCAGUCGCCGAGCCAGAAUUGUAAGGUAUCGAUUCGAAUCUUGCCGGAUUGCGGCACUGAUCUACUCGAACGCCAUCCUCAACGGAUGCUCCUUUUCCUACGCCGCAAGUCAGAUCACCCCAGCCUUCGCAUCUAGCGUGAAGAAGGAUCCGGCUCCGCGCCAGAAUGGCCGAAACACUCGAUCCGAUUCUCUCCCAUCGAUUUAUCGAAAUCGCCCAGUCACUAUCACUUCGUAUCUCAAGCAGCUCCUUGCAAGAUCCGACACCUCGGGCCUCUGGGGUCCGCUCUCGGGAGUGCUGCUCUUCGUGGCACUAAUCGGCGGCACUGCGGCUCGAGAAAACCUGCCGGUCCCGACAUCGGCGACCGAUCUAGGCACUGACAGCUACAACGUCAAAGACAGGAGCUGGAUGGCUGCCGUCGCAGUCCGUUGCGGGGUGCAGCUGGGAUUCGAGUACCAAGGCACGAUGGAGAAGACGUUGGUAGCGCUGGCGGACGUAACGAGGAUGUCUGAACGGUGUGAUUCGGCAGUGGUGGAAGGAUGGCGUGCCUCCCAGGAACCAGAGAUUUUGGAAAAGAGCUUACAUGACGGGAAUGGCAGCCUGGGGAAUACGUCCGCUCCGCAAACCCGGUUCACAGAGGCUACGACGAACGAGAUCCAUAUAGAAAGGGUCUCUGAAGGUUGGCCAAGUACCACAGGCCAGGCUGAUCCUAGCUCGAUUGACUGGGGCUUCCUCAAUGGAAUUUGA